CAAUAAUUUAAAAAUGACAAUGCCGGUUUCUUGAAUAGAAAAAAAUUUCAAUACGUUUUAUAUUUUCUGAACAAGGGGAAAAAACUACCUGAUAUCUUGAAUUACAGCUUCCAAGGUUUUCUAUUGGCAUUAUUUUGUAACAAAAAAAAAAAAAAAAGGAAAUGGAAAAAAGGUGUGUGAAAAAAGUAAAGUCCCACCGUUGUGUAUUUUGUGAAAAGACUUUCACUCAGAAACAAACUCUGAAACGUCAUUAUUUGUUUCAUACAAAUGAAAAACCUUAUGUCUGUGAAAUGUGCUCUGCAGCAUUUGAUCGAAAAAGUACCUUGAUGCUACACUACCGUACUCACACAAAAGAGAAACCAUUUUCUUGUGAUAAUUGUGGUAAAAUAUUUAGUUAUAGGAAUAACCUUGAAGCUCACUUACUCAUUCAUGAAAAAAGGAAAUGCUUUCAAUGUUCUUUAUGUAAUAAACAACUUUUGACUGAGAAAGGGCUGAAAAUUCACCAUCUGACACACACUGGUGAAAAAGUUCACACUUGUAAGUUCUGUAAAAUAAGUUUUUCGUUAAAAAGGAAUCUAAACAGACAUUAUCUCACACAUUCUAAUGAAAAAAUAUAUUCGUGUGAAAUAUGCCUUCAAAGUUUUAGUUAUAAACAUACAUUGCAGGAGCACUAUCUUGUACAUACGAAGGAACAACCUCAUAUCUGUGAAGUGUGUGGUUCUAAAUUUUCCCGAAAAAAUAAUCUGAACCGGCAUCUUCUUACCCAUACUAAAGAAAAACUGCAUAUUUGUGCUAUUUGUAAUAAAUCUUUUUCAUACAAACAUGUUUUACAGAGACAUUUGUUUUGUCAUUCCAAAGAAAAGCCUUUCAAGUGUGACUUUUGUGAGAAAAGGUUUACUAGCAAAUCUGAACUGAAGACUCAUUAUCUGACGCACACUAAAGAAAAACCUCAUAUAUGUGAUUUUUGUGGUAAAGGCUUCCCUUCAAAGAAAAAUCUCAUGAGGCAUUAUUUAACACACACCAAGGAAAAGCCUUUUGCCUGUCAUAUCUGCGGAAAGGGGUUUUCGCAAAAAGUUCUCUUGAAGAGACAUUGCAAUGUUGUUCACAAUAAAAAAUAAAGAAAAAACUGAUUAAAUUGCUACCUGUUACUUUUCUGUUUGCUUGAGAACACUCAAAAUGCAAUAAGUUCAUUUUGCAAUGAAAUGUGGGAUUUUUCUCCAUUUUAGUGUUUUAGCAUUUCUACAAAAAGUUCUUUAUUUCACUGGUAACUUUUUCUGCUUGUAACUUCUAUAUUAUCUCAACAGCAGCCAAAGUGUAUUCUGUUGUAAUCCUUGAAGUAUGUGAUUUUUAUUUGUCAGUAACAUAACAGCAUUUCUGUAUUUAAUGCAUUGCAUAUUUGGAAGUAAUUCUGCUAAUAUAAAAGUGCCCUCCUUCAUUUGCCAACAUUUAUACUUGUGAAACUAACAGAAAAGUAACUUUUAGUUUACUUGAUAAUUUCAACUUUUUAUAUAUUUUGAAAAUUUGUCAA